AUGCUCAACUCGUCAAUGGCUGCAAAUCACACACAGCAGGGUCCCUCUCCUCCAGGUCUCGUCCCUAGAAACAACUUCACCUACUCUUUUGAGUCGCCAAAGAUACCACUAAAUACAAAGUCACCUCUUGCUUCCACUUCCACCAGCAGUGUGCCAUUGUUCGUGGGAUCUACACCGGCGACCAGGCACCUGAAGCAAGUGGAACCCACCACUAAGAGAGGGAAAUCACAAGGGGAAACGAUGGCACCUUCAGUCACAGAAAUGCCACCUUCAGGUAUCUCCAGCGAGCUGAUGCAUCCAGUGGUGAUUUCUGAGACCAGCGAGCUGGUUGACACUGUCUUGAUUUCUAUGACCACUGUUGCAGCCUCUACUGUGCCAAGGGCCACCUCAAUGGAUACAGAAACAGACCUCUCCAGUCAGAAAGAUGCCCAUAGCGGUAGAUUUCCCCAGUCUAAUGAAUCUGCUGAGUCUACUGAGUCUGUUGGAUCCAUAUUGAGCACAAGGUCGACACUGGCUGCCGAGACUAGGCAGACUAGUGAACCUGACAGCAGAGGAAGCAUUGGGCCAGUUGUUGAGCCCUUGCAGCCUCCUUCUGCUCCUUCUCUAGUAACUCCCACUGACUCUUCGUCAUCAAGCCCUCUCGGACCUCCAGCUCCUCCAGCAUCUCCUCCAGCAUCUUCUCCUGUAGGCUCCACGAUUUCGCAGCCAACUGGCAAUCGCUCUCCAAGCCCAGAGCCAACAACACUGCCAAAGGACCCCUAUAUCUCUACUUCGAGUGCAAUAGCCGAGUGCUUAUCUCCUGAAAUGACUUCCACGGUUCUUACUACUCUGCCCUUGGAGCUUUCCUCCACCGCUGAAGAGAAGCUGAUCCUCAAGGAGCCUUCCACAAACCAAAAAGAACCUUUUAGUCUGUCUAUUCAAUCCGUGCUGGUCCCUCUUUCUCAAGCGCCAUCUCCUUCUGUCAAUUCCUCCUCCACCUUCUUCUCUGUGGUGAUCACCAUGGUGCCUCCCUCAUCCAACUACAGUGGUGAGUUUCCCUUCAACGGCUCCCAUUUCUCCAUAAUACCCUCCAACACUAUUUACCCUGUUUUCUCCAACACUACAAUUUUCAAUUCCUCCAAUUCCUCCAAUUCCUCCAAUUCCCUCAUGUACUCCCAUUUCUCUGAUUCUUCCCCCACUGACUCUGUCUCCACUGCCUGCAAAACAUCUUCUGGAGCCUUGAUCCUCCCAACCAGAAGCCGCCCACCGGUGCAAACACGAAAGGGCCUCGUCUCUGGGUCCCCCACACCGUGCUUGCCUUGGGUGAUUUCGGUGGCUAUGGGAAUAGUGCUGGUGUUGCUCCCAUGA